AUGGUGCCUAAAACUGAAACUGCUAGUGAAAGAAGCAGUGGUACUGGUAAUGAUGAUCAAGUUCCUCCUUCUAUUCCUUUGAAUGGAUCUGGAGGCACACCUGUAGUAGAUGAUGAAUCUCAAGGGGGCACAUAUGCAACUUUGGGACAACCUCAUGAUAUGCAGUUUGAGAGCAAUGAUAGUGGUGUGAGGGAUGUUGAGGCUGUGAGCCAAGAAAGUAGUGGAAGUGAAGCUACAUUAGGAAAAAGCCUUCAGAGUUUGGAUGCUGAAAUUGGAAGCGCUGAUGGCCAUGACGAUGGUCCCACAAGGAGAACAAAUGUUCUUCCUGAAUAG